AUGGCCGAUAUUAAGGGUAAGAUGCCUAUCACUCUGGAGAGUGCGAUUAAGAUAAAGCAAUCACUAUUGGGAAAUGAUGAAAUGAAAUUAAAAUACUUCGGGGACGGUACUUUUUUCCUCGAAAUAUUGAAGACUCUUCAUGAUUCGGACGAUGCUAUGUUAUUACGUGAAUGCUCCAUUAUUUUAUAUGCUUACAUUAACUUUUCUGACGCAUGGAAGCGGGAUCUCCCAGACUUAACAAAAGCUGCUAAUACGAUGAUUCAAAACUGUAAAAAGUGUCCGGAUACCCUUUUAGAGAUAACAAUUUUAUCAAUUUCAAAAAUGUUGUCAUCACAAGUAAUUCCAUUCUUAACUAUUGAUGAUCUUAUUGACACAUUACAGUGCACGAUUGCAAAUGAGAGCUCCUCGGAAAGAUUAACAGCAAAUUGUUGUAUUAUUCUUAUUUCGGAAUUGGCACAAAUGGAUGCCGAUCCUAAGCGGAAUGACCUCGCAAUUAGUUUAAUAUCUAGACUGUAUCGUCCAAUCAUGCAACGAUUAGGCGACCUAAUUGCUCCAAUCUUUAUACGUGUCUUAAAGCAAAAUGCAACUCUGUCUUCCCUGAAAGAGUUCGAUAGUAUCUUUGAACAUGCAUCUUUAUCAAAUGAACUUCCAGCACUUUUGUAUAAGGCCUCAUCUACAAGUGUUCCGAAUAGUACAUUGGCAUUAACUUCUUUAUUAAAUGCUAUGGCACAAUUUUUGUCUGUUCUUGGCCGCCACCAUCACAUUGUUUCAAUUCCAGAUACACUGACUUACACAUUGUACGGGCUUUUACGAUCAUCAAGCUUUGAACUGAAGCAAGCUGCGGCUGCCGUCAUUGUGUACUAUAGCUCCUAUCAUCUAUCGAAUAAGCACCUUAUUACAGCAAAUUUCCAAAAAGUAAUUCCUGUUUUAAUGAGUAUUGCCAGAAAUGAUUUGCUAUCCAGGGAGCAGAAAGAGGAUUUUAGAUCGAGCAUGGCGAGAAAAAAAUUUGAAUAUAAUGGGCCGGGCCGUUUGUCGUCCUUACAUUUACUUGUUGAAUGCUGUGAACAUUAUCCAGCUACUGUGGACAAGCUUGUUGGAUUGGACUUUGUUGAUUUACUAAUGCUUGCGGUGGAUAAACUUACAAGAGAUUUUAUCCAGGAUGAAGAUGAUGCCCACCAUUUAAGUGACUGUCUGUUGUUAAUAAGUUGUAUUUGUGCAACAGAUGAUGUUAAAAGAGAGUUGGUAUCACAAUAUCCGAUAAAUUGGAAGAAAUACAUUGGUUCGUAUGUUCAAUUAUGCAGGAACAUAUUAAACAGAAAUGAUAUAACUGUGUCAUUCGAGCUUUUAUCCUCUUUCAGGCUUGCCACAGAGACAGUCCUAUCCUUUUGCUAUGUUAUUAGAUCGAUGUCGCGCUCAGCAGCGGUGCUGCGGACUUCUUUUGAACUUAAGGAUGUUGUAAUCAACAUGUUUGAAAUACUGAAGCAACCAUUUGUAAUGGAUUUUCUCUCUACAAUCGAUGAUCCUGUGCUCUCGAAUAAUGAGGUACUGCUCCGAUCUGUAAUUCUUGGUGCCAUCUCCAAUUUUGCAAUCGGUUUCAGCAUCAUCAGGGAGUAUAUGGAUAGUAACUCUGUGCAAUCGGCUCUCCAGCCGUAUAUAAAUGGCACUUACAGAAGCAUUAAUUCCCAGGACAGAACAGUACUCCUUGUUUCGGCAUUGCAGGUAAUUCGUAAUGCUCUUUAUUCAGAUGAUGCGAAAUUUAGAGAACCGUUCGUCACAAAAGCCUCUCUCGAAAGUGUUUUUAAACUUUGUGAGCAUAAAGAUGAUCGCGUGAAACAACAAAGUUUCAAUAUACUUCGAAACGUUUCUGCAAUUUCCAUAGCACAGGCGGAAAAGCUUAACGACAUAUAUAUGGAUUCUGUACCUCAUGAGUUAUCACAUGAUACCGAUUUUCUGGCCUUCUUGCAUCGUCACUUAGACAGCACAGAAGAUUUUGACACACUAACAGCGAUUUGCUAUAUUUUUGUAAAUUUUGCCUCUUCAACAUUGGAUAAUCAGAGGAAAAUCAUGGCCGACGAGCAGCUAUUGAAGCGUUUGCAUGAAUUGCUUCAAAUAAGUCUUCCAUCUAACAGUGCAAAAGCAGAAACGAUCAAGUUAUGGAAUCUUAAGCUUAGCAUAGUUUGGAUAAUCACAAAUCUUACAUGGAGACAGGGAACCGCGGGCUCAUCAUCAGACGAUGAUAAUGAUUCGUCAAUGGAUAUUGAUAACACAAGUUCAGCCACGGUUACACCAUUGGGUCCAUGUAGUACAGCUAAGGAAAGGGCCCAAAAAUUAAUCAAAUUUGGAUUUUACGACACUAUACAAGUACUAAGUCGCAAUUGUGAUAUUGCAGAUUUUAGGGAACGUGCCAGAACAGCUGUUUUUCAACUUGUCUAUCACGAUGAAUGA